AGUCCUGCUGAACUGAAAUUUUAAAGCUGGCGAUUCUUUCUGCAAUUUUGUGUGAUUUAGGCGCAUUCAAGUUUUAAAUAUCAGUUGUCCAGUAACAGUGGUCGUUCUUUUAUUUUAAUCUUUUAAAAUUGACGCUAUACAGCGGUCAGUUGUUAUCGUUUCCGUUGAGCAUUCGGGGUGCAUCUUUCUGUGGGUAACAGGGAAUCUUAUCGAAGAUGAAAUCGUCGCUUCCUGUGCCGGAGUUUUUAGAGGAGAACAAUCUUUCGUUAUCAUUCAAACAACCAAAUCGAAGGAACCAAUCGCGGCCACCGAAGGCGCCCAAGUUGUACCCCAAGUUCGAUGCUAGCUUUUGUAGAAAUGGUACGGGAUCGACGGCAGCCAGCGUCGUUUCGUUCCGAGUCGAUCAGCGAGCCGAGCUGAGUCAGAUUUAUCAACGACACAGACCGGAAUCAUACUAUGAACAGUGCUUUGAGCAGUUGACCAAAGUUGGUGAGGGUUCGUUCGGGGAAGUUUUCAAGGUAAAGAGUCGACUGGACGGGUGCCUGUAUGCGGUCAAGAAGUCGAAGGAGUUCUUCCGGGGUGAGCACUAUCGUCAGGAACGGCUGGAGGAAGUCAGGCGCUACGAGCAAUUCAGUGAACAUGAGAAUUGCGUUAAGCUGUAUCAGGCCUGGGAACAGGAGGAUCGGCUGUUCAUGCAGAUGGAACUGUGCAAGGGCAGCCUGGAGGAUUAUGCCCGGGAGCAGCGUAUCAUAACGGAGGAAAACGUGUGGUCCAUUUUACUGGAUUUGCUGCUGGCACUCAAAAGUCUUCACGAUAGGAAUCUAAUUCACCUGGACAUCAAGCUGGAUAACAUCCUCAUAACGGAUGACGGUGUCUGUAAACUGGCUGACUUCGGAUUAGUUUUUGAUCUGAACAAUCGAAAUCUGCACCACGCCACGGAAGGCGAUUCCAGGUACAUUGCACCGGAACUGAUGGAAGGUCGCUAUACGAAGGCCGUGGAUAUAUUCAGCUUGGGUAUCGCCAUCCUCGAGUUAUCCUGUAAUCUUGAACUGCCCUCGAAUGGACCCUUGUGGCAGAGGCUUAGGAGUGGUUUAUUUCCACCAGAAUUGCUCUGCCGGCUGUCAUCGGAUCUGCAAAAUGUCAUUCGCUGGAUGAUGAGUCCCAAAGCGGAGAGUCGACCAACGGUAGACACCUUGCUACAGCACCAUCGAAUUGCGGCCUUGCAUCAGGAGCGAAAACGUUGGCGAGUGGUGCGUGGCAUUCGUUCAUAUUUACACCGGAAGUUGUGUAAUUUGCGGUGUUUCUUAGCAAGUCUGGUACUAUCGAUAGCAAGUUGCCUCAGACUUCGGCAUGCAAAACCAGCGGUUGUGGCGGUGGAAGGGCGCAAAAGAAAAAGGGACAGUCAGAUUCCGAGCUACAAUCAUUCCUUCAACAGUGCCGCUCGAACGUGCUUGAUGAAAGACUUCGACAACGAUAGCGAUGCCGGUGAUGACGAAGAUGAGCUAAUGUCCAGUGGUGAACUAGAUUUGACCGGAGGAAGCGCUGGAUCCAAUGUUCAAAUCACUCCCACACUGAACAAUACUGUACCAAUUCAUACACCUACUGUCAGAAUGAUGAAUUCGACACCACUGAACCACAAUCACAGUGGACUCAGGCUGAGCUUCCGAAAUCAGAACAUUGACACGCCGUUCCGGAGUAUGAGUUUCGAUUCCGGUGAAGAUGAAUGCCUAAUGACGAUGGAUGUGAGCAAUAACGGAAGUGUCCGUUCGGAUAGUUCAUUGAACCAGCAACAUCAAAACAAUAGUGGUUAUCACCAUCAGUCCCACUCACGGCACAGUUCCCUACAUCAAAACAAUUCCGGUGGUGGUUUGAUCGGUUUUUCAGGGAAUGCCAAUGGUGCCAACGAUUCAUCAUUUCUUACUAAAAAGAAACUAUUCUUCCAAUCGGACGACUCCGAUUGAUUCGAGUCAUUGAUGUUAGAUACAAACUCAGAACGGCUAAGAUCUCAAACCCGCGAUUGGCUGUAACUUGUAUAUGUUUUCGAUUGUAGAACUUUAGGUUUGAAAUAGUGCUCUUCCUUAGCUACCAGUUAUUCCGGUACCCGUACUCUUGUUGCAAUCUUCAAUCUCUAUAAAUUUUGUUUUAACCCCAGAUUAUAAUGAACGCUUCUCUCGAAUCCAACACCUAAUAGAAAAUGUAACCAAUUCAUCUAGAGCUUUUGUUAACAUAUAAGCUCAAAUCGUGUGAUAUCUUGAUUUAAAAAAACGUGUAGUGGUUUGGCUUUUCCAUUUUUUUUAAAUCUUAAGUAAAUUGUGUGUGUUUAUAAUCAACGCAUGGCCUCCAGAAAGAAAAUUCAGAUUCCUUAAUAAUAUAAUCUAGCAGAAAGUAGUAAAUAUAUGAUACUUUUAACAUGUUGUAGGAAGUGUUAAACAUAUGAAAAACGGAUAUAUGAUAUCAUGGCCUAGCUUUUAACUUUUGCAGGAAAAUAAUUAUUUUAUAUAGAAUUGUCUAUAUCGUCA